AAGAGGGGACCUGUCCUCUUCCUGCGGGCCUCUGGGAGAAGCGUCUCGUGUCCCUGGCCCGGAAUAAAGUCUCUGGGAUCGCGACCUCUGGGCACAGGGAUGCCGCAGGCUUUGGAUGGAGCUUGGAUACGGUACCCCAAGGAUGCCUGCAGGGACACUCUGCUAAGGGAGAGCUGAGUGUGAGCAGGGAGACAAGACAUCAGCCUCGCCGACAUCGCUGCAGAGGAAGUUCCCAGCAGUGCCACUUAUAGGACCGCCUGGCCACAUGGAGAUCCCCACGGGGACCAUGGAUGAGAAUGCCACCAACACCUCCGCCAGCUUCUUUUCUGUGUUCAGCCCCCACGGAGGCCAAGCUGCUUCUUUCCCAUUCAACUUCAGCUACGGUGACUAUGAUAUGUCCUUGGAUGAAGAUGAGGAUGUAACCAAUUCCCAGACUUUCUUUGCUGCCAAAAUUGUCAUUGGCAUGGCCCUAGUGGGCAUCAUGCUGGUCUGUGGCAUCGGCAACUUCAUCUUUAUUGCUGCCCUGGCCCGCUACAGGAAGCUGCGUAACCUCACCAACCUGCUCAUCGCCAACCUGGCCAUCUCUGACUUCCUGGUGGCCAUUGUCUGUUGCCCCUUCGAGAUGGACUACUAUGUAGUACGCCAGCUUUCCUGGGAGCACGGCCACGUCCUGUGUGCCUCUGUCAACUACCUGCGCACUGUCUCUCUCUAUGUCUCCACCAAUGCCCUGCUGGCCAUUGCCAUUGACAGAUAUCUGGCCAUUAUCCACCCGCUGAGACCCCGGAUGAAGUGUCAAACAGCCACCGGCUUGAUUGCCUUGGUGUGGGUUGUGUCCAUCCUCAUCGCCAUCCCAUCAGCCUACUUCACAAAGGAAACCGUUCUCGUCAUUGUCAAGAGUCAGGAGAAGAUCUUCUGUGGCCAAAUCUGGCCUGUGGACCAGCAGAUCUACUACAGGUCCUACUUCCUGUUCAUCUUCGGCAUCGAGUUCCUGUGCCCCGUGGUCAUCAUGACCCUGUGCUAUGCCAGGAUCUCCCGGGAACUCUGGUUCAAGGCCGUCCCUGGUUUCCAGACAGAACAGAUCAGGAAGCGGCUGCGCUGCCGACGGAAGACGGUCCUGGUGCUCAUGUGCGUCCUCACGGCCUACGUACUGUGCUGGGCGCCCUUCUAUGGCUUCACCAUCGUGCGCGACUUCUUCCCCACAGUGUUUGUGAAGGAGAAGCACUACCUCACAGCCUUCUACGUAGUCGAGUGCAUUGCCAUGAGCAACAGCAUGAUCAACACCAUGUGCUUCGUGACCGUCAAGAACAACACCAUGAAGUAUUUCAAGAAGAUCAUGCUGCUCCACUGGAAGUCUUCUUACAAAGCGAGGAAGUCCAGAGCAGACUUAGAUCUCAAAACCACAGAGGUCCCAGCCACUGAAGAGGUGGACUGCGUAAGACUAAAAUAACCCAACGGACCUUUCAAAGUUUAAACACAGACAGGACCUUUGGACACUGAGCAGCGUACUUAGACCAAACUAUCAAUCAAGAACUCUUGGUUUGCUGCAGAAGGCAGAGUAAAUGGACAACCGUGUGAACACUGUGCUGAAGGAGCCUGGAAGUUUUAAAACUGAUGUGACUAGACAUCAUCACCAGUGGCUGACAUUCACUGAACAUCUUAAUUUGUGCAAAGAGUAGACACUGGUGAAACUUACAUAUAUUAACAAUACUUAAUUGGCAAAAAGAAAUAGGGAUUAAAUCAAGAAACAUGUUGGGGCAUGAACAGCCUGGAAUAAGGGGGUUUCCUGAAGGGAACCCAAGUAGGCAUCUGAGACUAUGGUAUGUAUGUUUGUAGGGUGAGGGUCUCUGUGGACCAUCUCAGCUACUCAUCAGACACUGACAUAGCCCAUUGCUAGGAUUAUUACUGGGCUUUAGUUCAUGCCUAACAUUUGUGGGGUUGGAGCAAGAAUAGAAAACAGGCUCCCAGUUCUUUCUUCAACCCUUCUCAUCCUUGGACCUGACUCUCACUGCAAGGAACCUUAUAUGCAUGCACGUGGACAUCCCAGUAUGCGUGGCCCAUUCUGUCCAAACCAUCUUCCCCCACAUUGCCCCAUAGCCUCCCCUCAGGUGUAGGACUGGGACCACACAUGGUGAGUCUUGUCAUCAAGAGGAUGAACCUAGGGAAGAAGCCACAAGCCACCUCUAGAGACUCUGGAAGCCACUGGACAGGGAAAUACAGGGUUCUGGGUACCUGGAGCAAGUCAAAAGGGGGAAAGCCUGGGCUCAGGAUGGGUACCUUGGCUCCAUGGACUUCUCACCCCAUGGGGAGGGAGCAGUUGGAAGGCACCUAGAAGCACAUGAGGUUCAGAGCAGAGUUCAGGUUCUCUGGGUCUAAGGGUGAUGCUGCUUCUACCUCUUUAUUUGCCUUCGACCAGUUAGGCUUCCCCUUAAGUCCUCUUCCUUUUCCUGUCUCUGUGCUUGUGAUGCAUAGAACUUUUAAAAGUAGACACAAUACCUUAUGGGUGUGACCAUCAGCCAUUUUUCCAUUCUGACCAGCUCUUAUCCUCACUGGUAUGAUUUGAGGGUGAGAUGUCUUUGUCACGGGCCCCUGAAUCCCAUCAUGUUCAUUAUUCCUUUGGAUUAAGAUUUACCUCUUUUAAAAUGGAUGCACCACACUUCUACUCCUCAGUGUGAACGAAGUCAUGUGAUCCAGUGGUGAGCAAUGAAGGUUGGUGGUAGAGUCCUGGGCACCCAGAAAAGAAAGGGACAUACAAAUGGGAGGUGGGGGGGCCCAACAAUGAGAUUCAGUAACUCUACGCUUCCUACUUUCUAAUCCACCUCCUUUGAUGUUUUGAAUUUUAGAAGUUAGAAUUUUUAGAGACUUCUGACCUGAUCCAGCCUUGGCUCUGUCCCCUGUGUGACCCUGGGUAAAGAUAAUGCCUGUGAAAGCUAUCAAUGAGGUGGUUGCAAAGAGCCAGUGAGGUCAUAUGUAGGAAAAUUCAACCCUACAAAUGAUCAAAAGAAGGGACUAAGAGCAGUGUGCAGUGUGCCUGGACAAGGAACAACUUGUUAACUUGGCUUAUGUAUCUAGAAACCUCACCAUCUCUCUCUUUUGUUAUUCUCUGUAUGAAUUGUUCCUUUGCCCCUCUUAGCAGUGCUUUAUGCAUUAUGUUCCUAAUGCCAUGUUGGUGCAACAAGGCAGUGAAAUUUGGUGGUAGCAGUGUAAAAGCAAAUGGUAGCUCAGUCUCUAGUCAGAAGAUGAGCUCAGGGUUUUAGAAACUUCAGAAUCAGAGCGUCUUUGUGAUCACGAAAGUAUUAAUCAUCUUAUGUCUGUUCCCAGCCAGCAUUAAUCUGGGCAAUGUGGUAUUUAUUCCUUAAUCUUAUUUUAGUCUCAUGAGUGGGUAUUAGCUAUAGAGUGAAUUUAUUCUUCUUAAAUAAUUCUAAAGCAGCACGUUAAUAAGGCUAUUUAAGUGACACCAGUAUUGUGUUUGCCCCUCCAGAUAUAGUCAACACUUUAUUUGGGCAGCAAAGGUUUUUGUUUGUUUGUUUGUUUUUUAUAGUUACUUUAUUUCCCUGGAAGAUACAUUUCAAAAAGUGAUUUAUUUCUUCCCAUUCAUCAUCCAGCAGACUUACACUACAGUUUAACCAGAAUACUUUCAGAGAAUAAAACUAAUUAAAGUAUCAGCCUAAGCCAACAUGGCUUG